CCGCCGGCCAGCCGGCUCGGGCCAGGGCCCCAGACUCCCUGCCAUCGGACAAGGGGCUGUCUGUGCCGUCUGGAGGGUGUGCUGCCCCGGGGCUCUGCCAGCCCUGCGGGAGCCGCCAACAUUGGGGCUGGUGCUGCACCCGCAGCCAGAGCCGCGCGGCCGAGGAGCCACCCCAGGAGCCCCAGGCCCCGCACCUGCCCGCCAUGGGGACCCUCACCUGCGACCCCGCUCCGCGGCUUACCCUGGCGCCCCUGGGCCGGCAGGCCACCGAGUGCCAGAUCCCGGAGACCGGCCUGAGGAGGUCCUGUGGGGCGGCCACCCUGAAGACCGGCUCUGGGCCGGGCUUGUAUGUCUUGCCGUCCACCGUGGGCUACCUCAACCACGACUGCACCAGGGUGGCUGGUCCUGCCUACUCACUCUUCCGGAGGCCCAGUGAGGCGUCUCCACAGGAGACCAGCCCCGGGCCAGUCUACUUCCUGGACCCGAAAGUCACCCGCUUUGGCCGCAGCUGCACCCCUGCCUACUCCAUGCAGGGCCGGGGCAAGUCUCGGGGUCUGGAGGUGACGCCCGGCCCUGGGGCCUACAGCCCAGAGAAGGGGGCCCCCAUGCGCCAGCGGACCCCCCCGGCUUUCACCCUGGGCUCCCGGCUCCGCCCACAGCCCCUGGACACCUCAGCCCCCGCCCCCAACACCUACACCCUGCCUUCCCUGUGGGGCUCCCAGAUCUUCACGAAGCCCAGCAGCCCCAGCUAUACGGCGGCAGGCCGCACGCCCCCUGCCCGCCCCCCGCAGGACCCCGCUGAGAUACCGGGCCCAGGCCAGUAUGACAGCCCAGACCCCAGUGCCUACCGUCCGCGCCGGCCAGCCUUCACCAUGCUGGGGCGGCCCCGAGCCCCGCGCCCCCCAGAGGAGACGCCCGGCCCCGGCGCCCACAGCCCUGAGCAGGUCACCGUGACCAAGGCGAGGGCCCCGGCUUUCACCAUGGGCAUCCGCCACUCCAAACGGGCCACCACCAUGGCCGCGGGCGCCGCCCCCUGAUGCCCUCGGGGACGGGACACCUGGCCCCCUCCUGGGCUGAGCCUCAGUUUCCCGUGCUGUGAACUGGGGCGUGGGCAUGCCGGCGGGGGGUGCCUAGGAGACGCCGGGGUGGGGGGAAGGCGCCCGCUUUCUUCCUGUCUUCUGAACCGUCUCGGCCACCUGCUUUCUCCAGUCCCGGGGGCUGUGACCCCGUGGUCCUGACAGGGCGAGCCUCCUUCCGGCGUCCCAGUUUCUCCUCUCUGGGUCACACCAGGCCAGGCCAGGCCAGGCCAGGUGGAGAAAGGGACACUCUGGCCCUCCCCAGCCGCUGGCCAGAGACACGGCUUCCUGUGUCCUAGAACUCAGCGUCCACCUGCUAGGGCCUGGGUCCCCAGCACAGCUUGGGUUUCUGCCAAACUUGGGCUCAUCCCUGCUCCUCA